CCAAAGCAAGGAGAUAAGGCAGGCAGCAGCAAAAGCAGCGCCAUCGCCAUGGCUGAAGCUUUAAGAAUCCUCCAAAUACCCACUUUCUCUCAAAAUUCACCUCUCCACACAACCAGAAUCCACUCCCACAGCAGCUUCGCCCCACCAGCAGCCAAAAGAGGCGGCAAUUUCGACCGAAUUCGGUGCUCGGUCGCCGCCGCCGGCGAGAACACCGCGGUGGAAGGAGUGACGUGGGGGUGCGACGUCGACUCCGUGGAAAACGCGGCGGCGCUGCAGGCGUGGCUGUCGGAGAGCGGGCUCCCGCCGCAGAAGAUGGGGAUACAGAGGGUGGAGGUUGGAGAAAGGGGGCUCGUUGCCCUAAAAAAUAUUAGGAAGGGAGAGAAGCUGCUGUUUGUGCCUCCCUCCCUCUUCAUCACUGCUGAUUCUAAGUGGAGCUGUGGUGAGGCUGGUGAGGUGCUAAAACAGUAUAAUGUGCCAGAUUGGCCACUGCUUGCAACCUAUUUGAUUAGCGAGGCAAGUCUCAUGAACUCUUCGAGAUGGAGUAAUUACAUUGCAGCCUUGCCGAGGCAGCCCUAUUCACUUCUCUACUGGACACGUUCGGAACUAGACAGAUAUCUUGAAGCCUCGCAAAUAAGACAGCGGGCAAUUGAAAGGAUCAAUGAUGUUAUUGGAACAUACAACGACUUAAGGGACAGGAUAUUUUCCAAGCAUCCUGAUUUAUUUCCUGGAGAGGUCUUCAACAUGGAGAGUUAUAGAUGGUCAUUCGGCAUACUUUUUUCUCGCUUGGUUCGGUUACCCUCGAUGGAUGGAAGGGUUGCCUUGGUUCCUUGGGCAGAUAUGCUAAACCAUAGUAGUGAGGUAGAGACGUUUCUGGAUUAUGAUAGAUCAUCUCAGGGGGUAGUUUUCACGACAGAUAGAGCAUAUCAGCCAGGUGAGCAGGUUUUCAUCUCGUAUGGUAAGAAAUCCAACGGAGAGCUGUUGCUCUCAUACGGAUUUGUGCCCCGGGAAGGCACCAAUCCUAGCGACUCUGUUGAGCUGUCUCUCUCGCUCAGUAAAUCCGACAAGUGUUACAGAGAGAAGCUGGAAGCUUUAAAGAAGCAAGGACUGUCUGCGUGAGUUGCUUUCCCUGUACAAAUAACCGGUUGGCCAUUGGAGUUGAUGGCGUAUGCUUACCUAGCAGUAAGCCCCCCUAGCAUGAUAAGCCAGUUUGAUGAGAUGGCUGCUGCUGCAUCAAACAAGACGACAUCCAAGAAGGACAUCCGGUAUGGUGAAAUAGAGGAAGACGCGUUGCAGUUCAUACUUGAUGCUUGCGAGGCCAGCAUAUCUAAGUACUCCAAGUUCCUUCAGACGAGCGGAUCCAUGGAUCUGGACGUGACAAACCCGAAGCUUCUCAACAGAAAAGUGUUCCUGAAGCAGCUUGCUGUGGAUUUAUGCACCAGUGAGCGGAGGAUGCUGUUUCGUGCACAAUAUAUACUAAGACGGCGGCUGAGGGAUAUCAGAAGCGGCGAGUUGAAGGCGCUGAGGCUUUUCGACGGCUUGAGGAAGUUUUUCAAGUGAGCUUUUCAGCUGCUGCAGACACUCUCUUGUUCUUGGCCUAUAUUUUGCCUUAAGGUUGUUGUCUCAAGAUAGCCUGUUCCAAAAUUUGGCUGUGGUAAUUAAAUGUGUGGGUUUUUUUCAUCUGUUUGAAGCAUCGAUUGUGUAUUUUCAAUUUCGUAUUUUGUAUUUCGAUUCGAUUGUUGUAAUUUUUAUUCUUACUUUAUCUGUUUUGAAUUUUUAUUA